AUGUCGUCUGGUGGGAGGUUAUCUCGUAAACAGAAAGGGAAAGAGGUUGCGACUGCAUCUAGUCCCGGGAGAGAUGCGAGCGGGGUUCCGCUCGAAGAGUUCGAACAAGUCUUGGUUUCCGAGUCAGCGCGCUCAUACCGACAAGAAGUAGGAGGAACUCCAGCUGAGCCGCAGGUUUGCGAAAGAGACGGUUCGGGCGGUGCGAGAGACGGAGCUCCUCUUGUUAAUUACGUACCGACAUGCUACUACCCUGGAGAGAUCUUCGAAGAACUUUCGGCUGUAGCUCCCGAGUUCAUGCGCUCUCCGGAUGUGAGUGGUCAGGCCUGGGAGAACGUUAUCGAGAUGCAGUCGACUCCUGACAGUGUGAAGAAACUUUUGAGGGAACGUCGCGGAUUGGGGGUGACUUUCCUGAUUCCUUCGAAAAGCCAGAGGCCUUGGUCGCCGCCGGUUGGGUUCCAGUGCGUCUAUGAAUCCUAUUUUCAAGACGAUACGAAGCUCUGGUUCCCGAUCCCUCGACUGGUUACAUCGUACGUGAGGCGCCGAGGCGCAGCGAUCAGCCAUUUCCUGAAUGGCUCAUGGCGUAUCGCGGUUGCCUUGAUGGUCAUGGCUGCCGAGAUCGAUGUCUCUCUAAGUGUUUGCGCUUUCGAGGAGUUGACGUCCAUCAGCUCGUUGGACGACGGCCUUUUGUUGAUAAAGAUGCGACCAAGCUAUAACGUGAUAGGGGGCACCCUAAUAAGACAUUUGACUGGCAGAGGUCUUAUUUUUACGUCAAGUGCGACGAUUCUGCCUUCAAGGAUCCUCCGGACGAAGACUACCGUGUGUUGUGGAACACCUUACUUGGUAGAGUACCCUCCUGAUCAUCCGACUUGUCGCGAGUAUCCAGAGGAAUUCCUGUCGAGCGCCCGUGCCGUCGCGAGACUCGAUCAAGAGCAUUGGGGGAACAUUUCUUGGGAGAGGGUUCGUCGUUGCAUUGAUCGCUGUUCCAGGAAGGAUUGGAAUUCAAGUUACCUUCCCACGGCUAACAAGGUUAAGAGACGGAUCUCGCUGUUCACCAAAGAAGAACAUAAGAGGAUCAACGAAGCGAGGAAAAUGAGGGGCCUUCCUGAUCUAAGUGCCAUGAUGGCGACCCAGCUUGGUCUGCCGAGUGCUGAGCCGUCGGUACCCUUUAACGAGAUGGUGGUUACCGACACAACCGACGCAAAUCUUCAGCGUCAAGCCUCUUCACCCAGCGCCACCGCCGCUGCUUCUAAGAAGAAGAAUAGCAAGAAGAGAUCUCGCGACGAUCCCUCCGUUGGUGAGGAUCUCGAGACUCUUCCAGAGGAAACUGAUCACACUGAGGCCACCGAGCCGCCCACGAAGAAGAGAAAGAAGAAGAAGCAGUCGAACACUCAGCAAUCUCUAGAGGAGAACGUUGCGACCCGAGGUGCUGGAGUUGCCGGUUCGUCUGCUCGGGCUGGCUCGACUGUCGGGCCAACUCCUAACUUGGCUUUAACAGACAAACCCGGGAAUGUUUCGCCCGAGGUUCCGCUUCAGAAGAAGAGAUCGAAGCAAGCGAGCGAGCAGGGAACGACCAGUAGCCAGGUUCCUUCUGCUUCUGCUCCAAGUGUUGCCAGAGCUUCUGCUCCAUCGGUCCCCGGGGCGUCGGCUCCCGGUACGUCGACUGGUGGUGCUCCGGUCGUCAGGAAGACUCUGAGGGUUGAGUUUCCCGACCGCGUCUUGUUUGAAUACGAUGGACCGACUCCCCUCAUCUAUGCUCCGAACAGAUGCGCGGAACUGGUCAGUCAGAUCAAAUGCAGCCCGAAGCCUCUUCCACCGGUUGCUGACUUGAUCUUCCAGGACGAGUACGUUGAUGCUGCUCGUACCAAGUUGCUGUGCGACGGAGUCUCGAACUUCGUCAUCGAGAAAUACGACACAAUGCUGAAGGAAGCGCUUUCAGAGUCGGAGAAGCUGAAGAGGACGGUGGCGGCCAAAGGUAGGCUUCUUCGCCGAAAGAGGGCGGAAUGGCAAGAAUAG